UGUUAAUAAUGUUGGGUGGGCGGGACACUUCAGAUUCGAGAGAGUGUUUGAUUGGACAGAACAUCUUAUGAGAAACUGAAGUGCAGAAUGAUGUCAUAAAAAAAUGGUGGUCGAGAAAGAGAGUAAAUUUUGAAUGCAUAUAUCUUCUAAAUGCAAAUGUUGUCAUUGUCUUGGAGCACACUACCUUAUAGACAACUUUAAAGCGAAUAUAUUCAUACUAAAAGAUCUCAAACUUCAAUUUUGAUGUCAUGGGGACUUUAAAUGCAGGGAUAUGGAUGUAGAUGUCACGACAACAGCGUUAUCGUGUACAUUUUUAGAUCACAGGCCUUUUUUUUUUUGUUGGGCUUCAAUGAAAUGCUAGCGGUUCAUACAAAUCCCAUAGUUCUCUGCAGGAGUUGAGCUCUGGUGCUUCCAAGUCUUGGCGUCACCAUGGAAGCGAUUGGUUUGUGACAUGCUGCGCCAUUUUGAUUCCAAACACACCACCGGGAGCGUCGUGGAAAAGAUAUGUGUAUAUAUAUGUGUAUAUAUAUGUGUAUAUAUCAACCGUGGACCGCGAAUAAAACUGCAAACAAGUUUCCAAGCUUGAGCGCCUCGAGUCUGGACUUAAACGCCUUGUGUGCUGCUUUACAGUCGGCGACUGCGCUUUUUGUAACGCUGCUAAUUCACAGCAACGCUGGUAUGUGAUGCCUGAAACUGCAUAGCGGUGUGUUUGUGUUUGUUCAAGUUAGGCUCGCAGCACGCAAAACACGCUGCUGAACAUAAUUAAGGUGAAUUUUCUGUUUGUUUUAAAACCGUUGUCGGGAUGAGUGCCGUAGGCUUGGCAACAUAGUUAGCCAAACUCUUGCCAUAAACAAUGUUAAGCGGUUCCUAUGUCAGUUAUAUUGCUUGGACCUGGGUAGUCUUAAAGAUGACACAGUUAGCUAGCUAGCUAACUAACCAGGUUACUGAGACUAGCAGGUUGAGUUGGUUCACAUUGAAAUGUGCUAACAGUAACCCGAAUACUGCAGUGCCUAGAAUAAAAACUGUAGGGUUUUUUCCCCUUAGCUUAUCAUCAUAUCACUGAAGCUGGCAAAGCUACAGGUUGUUUAGACAUAUUUACCUACGUGUAUGUUUACUUAUUUUGCCACCAUUCAGUGGCGAAAUGUCAGUGCGUUGUUGUUUUUAUUUUUAUUUUGUUCCUUUACUUCCCCCUCAGCUGUAUUUGGCCAGGGUAUUGAUGUAUUUGGCUUUUUUUCCCAGCAGCCUGACUUGAGUCUGUUAUGUUUUUUUUUUCUUUUCUACUUGUUUAGACCUCUUUCUUGGUGACCACGUUCUGAAAUCUGUGCUCACACAGGCCUUGUCAAGAUGCGCUUUAUAAAAUCUCAACACAUACACGUGCUCUUACAAAUAACCUCAAAUAGUCUCUUAGCCUUAAGCUUGGCCUUGGACAGACUUUGACGUCGUCGUCAUCAUCAUCGUCAAUGAUGAUUUAUGGACUAAUACCUCCGGAGUUACACGAACAACUCCUUGAUCACAAGAACUACCAAAAUCGAACGAAUGGGAUAGAAGAGCUGAAAACCAUCCUGUCCGAGCUGGACUUGAAAACCGUUUCGUUUGACAGUAUUGUGGAGUUCAUCUACUUUUUACACAGGCUCCUGGACGACACCAACUUUAAAGUCUUGUACGGCACUUUACAGGUCCUGAACCUCCUUGUUCAAAAGCUGGACUACGAUGUGGACCGAUAUUACAAACAGAUCGCGCAUGUGGCCCUCAAAACCCUGGGGGACACGCGCGCCGUUCCUCGUAAUGAAUACAUGAACAUUUUUCGGCAGCUCAUGAGGGUUGUAGGGCCGCAGAAAGUUCUGGACCUUGUAACGGGACACUUGAAGCACAAAAACUCGAGAGUAAGAGAGGAUGUUCUGAACAUCAUUAUAGCUGCCGUGCUGGCGCACCCCAGGAAAGACUUCAACAUCCCGCAUCUGUGCUUUCUGGUCGCUCCUUAUCUUGCAGACAGCAAGAAGAGGGUGCGACACGCAGCCCUGGAGCUCUUCGCUGUUUUCGAUUACUGUCUUGACACGGGCAAGAAGCAACCUAUCAUGAAGGCUAUAGACAGGGUGGAGCUCACCGGUGACGCUGAGGGCCUUAUGGCUGCCGUACAGGCACGAAGGGCCAGGCACGUCCUUCCUCGGGUAUGUGCGGAUGGUACGGUGGAAUACGCACUGGUUAUCCCCAAACCUGGCCAGCGACGCACGCCCCAGUUCGGCUCCGGAGCCGAUCUGGAGUGGAUCCUUAACGGAGGCAGAUCGAACAGCGCGAGGAGUCACAGGACGAACGUGAACUCGGAAGGGCUGAAUGCCUACAGCAGUCUUGGUUCCCUGACUGAUGAGAUACCAUUACAGAGGAGGAUAGUGAGUGCCGGCAAGGGCAAAAACAAGCUACCCUGGGAGAGGUCGAGCCUCCCGUCUGCAGGAAAUCAGGAGCCCUGCAGCGCGUUGAAUGGAAAGUUGUCCGACAAGUCAAAUCUUGAAGAUCUCACUACCUCCAUGAGGCUGAAUCAGGAAUCUUGUGUCACACAGUCUGGAUUAGCAGAACCGCUUCAGUCCCACCCAUCUGGCCGGAGGAGAGAAACCGCAGUCAGACUUCGCCGUAGCGGCAGCCUUGACUCGAACCCAGACAUUUUCAAAGCAGCCAGCUCCAGCGAUGCCGAGAGAGGUGUUCCCAGGACAGGUCGUCUGCUAGGGUCCGGAAACUCCAAUGUGGAGCGGACUUUUUCUCUUCCGUCCAAUCCCACUCCUCCUGGCUCCUUUCUGUUGCCCUCCUACCCUCUGGCCACGCUGCCAGGGGUCCAGUUAACUCCCACGCUGUCCCGCAGAAGCCACGCUGUCUCCACGCUCUCCAUGUCCAACACAUGGCCUAACAAUCGAGAGACGAGCCCACGGUGCAGGGAGCCCAGUCCAUGGAGGAAUAAUAACGGCGAGGUUGGCUCCACCAGACGUUCUCCGAUGCACGCUUCUCGGACUAGCAUGGCGUCCUCCUCAUCAUUCCCUCAGGCGCUGAACACAGUCAGGUCUUCUCCACCCAUCUCGCCCAUCUCACAGCUGUCUGUGCAGGAUGCGGGGAACUCGAGAGAUCAACGUAGCAGGAAUCUCCACCUCGACCUGACUGUCAUGAACCUGCAGGAACCAGAUGAGGAGCCAGUGGACAAGGAGGAGAUGAUGAACUCACUGCGCUCCUUGCGUAACAGCGCAGCUAAGAAGCGGGCAAAGGCAAGCAUGAGUGGCUCAGAGCCGGAUCCAGACAGUCCGGACUCGGCCGUUAAACUCGAGCCAAACCUGGACUCAUCCUCUCGGACCUCCCCGUCCGUGACAAGCCCAAUGAGUGAGAGCAGCCUGUCCAGCCUUUAUUCUCCUACUACUCCCACCAUCAAUGGCACCAAGAGCAGCCCUGGGAACUUGACAUCAAAAACACGUAUCGCCAGAGUGCCUUCGGGGAAAAAGAAAGCUUCUCCUUCCUCCAUGGAACCAAGUCCUCAAGGUGUCCAACCGCAGGAAAAGCUUCUUUCUGAUGCGAGUGUCAGUGUUGUUGGUCAGAAAGUGUCUUACUCUAAGGGAGCAGCAGCAGAAGAAAAGCCAAGUGAAACAUCUUCGCCUCCCCACGUUAGACCUGCAGGUCGCGAACCGCUCCGAGCUUUAAGGCCUGCCAAAGAAUCUCAGCUACACAACACGAAGACCACCCCUGUUAGUGACAUGUCUGAGGGAGUAGUUGGGAAAGGAGUUUUUGGCUCUAUGGUCCUUCCAAGCCGACCCGAAGUGGCAGCAUGUCCUGAGCAGGAUGAGUCCACAAAAAAAGCCUCGUGGGAGCCACCAGCUGGAAUAUAUGGCCGUGCUGUCUCUGGAAGUCAUGAUGACAGCCCAGAACCUGAUGAGGCAACAGUGAGAAUCUUUCUUGGUCAAGAGAGGGUGAAGCUGUCCAAGAUUGCAAGGGAGAAGAUGCGCCAACAUUGGUUAGAACAGCAAGAAGCCCAGCCUACACCGCGAAUGAGGCAGAGCCUUAGACAUGUAACAUCUGAAGUGACUGCAGAUGAAACAGCCUUUCUGCAAGAGUUGCAACUGAAUGGUAGAGUUUUACCCUCUACUAAGGCUGAAACCCUGACAAGGGAAUCACCUACCAGUCCUACAAGUGCACAAGGACCCCAAAACCCACAAAAGUGUUUCAGUCCCCAUCAUCAGCCGAGCCCUCCUACAGGCCUCCCUAGCAGACACACACUGCCACGGCGGAGAAGAGCUCCCAGUCUGACCAGAACACAACCAUCUCUCCCCAACAGCUCUGAUGAAAUCAUACCCGUUACCCUAAAGAAGGAUUCCAACGAGCAGGUGGAGUUGCGGCCAUUCUCCAGACCGGAGCUUGCCCUCACUCAGAGCUUCAGUCUGCUUAAUUCGGAUGACUGGGAGAAAAAAAUCGAGGGGCUCAUGUUCCUGCGCUGUUUGUCACGGUAUCACUCUGACGUGCUUAAUAGUAGGCUUCAUGAAGUCUGCCUUGCUCUCAUUCAAGAGGUUCGUAACCUGCGCUCCGGAGUGUCCCGCAUCGCCGUGGUGACUUUAGGAGAGCUAUACUCUGGCCUGCAGAAGGGAAUGGACCAGGAGCUGGAAGCAACAGCCAAAGUUCUGUUACACAAAACAGGAGAGACCAAUGCAUUCAUUAGGCAGGACGUGGAUGCAGCGCUGGACAGCAUGGUGCAGAACUGCACACCUACACGCAGCAUGAACGCCCUGCUUGCUGGAGGACUCGGUCACUUGAACGCAGCCGUAAGGAAGUGCACCGCUCAGCACUUGACUACUCUGGUCGAGAAGAUCGGUACCGGGCGCUUGUUGUCUGGAGCGAAAGAUCUCACGGACCGAAUCUUACCCGCUGUCUCCAAGCUGGUGCAAGACUCUUCACAAGAAACCAGAUAUUUUGGCCGGCAAAUGCUGCUGUUCUUGUCUUCUCACCGAGACUUUGAUAAAAUGGUGGAAAAGUACAUCCCUCCCAAAGACGUGGCAACCAUCAGGGACACCGUCGUCACUCUGAAGACCAAGGGCCCGGGUGAGAUGCCUCAGGACACUCCUUCAGCUCGAGGCAGGCGCUCCAUAUCUGGCAGCGGAAUGGUGCGUGCCUCGUCUCUCACUCGAGAGCCUCAGAUUUCUAGCAGCAAAGACAACAACAAAGCUCAGUUCCGCAGCAUCGCGGACAAGACAGAGUAUGUCAAGCAGCUCAAAGCCCUGCUGGCUUCAAAGGACUUCCGGGAACGCAUCAAGGGCAUCGAUCAGCUGGUGACUGACUGUGAGGAAAACCCAUAUAUGGUUAUGGGCAACAUCUUCCCGGUGUUUGAUGCUUUUAAAGAACGGCUGCAGGAGUCAAACAGCAAAGUGAAUCUCUAUGCGUUGGAGGCCUUACAGAAGAUAAUCACCUUACUUAAAGACAACUUGGCCCAAGCGGUCUAUAUCCUUGUCCCAGCUGUAGUGGACAACCACCUCAACUCGAAGAAUAAUGGCAUCUACAUGGCUGCGACAGGCGCCAUACGUGCUCUGAUCAAUAACCUCGACAACACUCUACUUCUUCAGCCGUUUUGCACAAAGGCGCAGUUUGUGAGUGGGAAGGCUAAACUGGACCUUGUCGAUAGAGUUGCAGAGCUGGUCAGAGAGCUGUACCCCCGCAAGCCACAGCUGGUUGAACAGAAAGCACUCCCUCUGCUUUGGCACCUCCUGGGUUCCUCCUGCAAGAGCGGCACGGUCCACGGCAGGAGUGGCACCAUGAGAGGAGCCACCACCAACCUGUGCCAAGCGCUGCAUGCUCACAUGGGCCCCAUGCUGCUACAUCAAGCUGCUUCACAACCUUCCAACAUCUUCAAGAACCUGAAUGAGAUUCUGCACACCCUCACACCCCUCUGAAAUCCACGUUAGAACAUACCCCCGGCUGACAAACUACUUGAAAAUAGAGAUGUUCUCACAUUUCUCACAGUGCCUGCACUUUUAAAAAAAAUAUAUUAAUUAAUUAAAUAAAAAUAAAGAAUCACACUUCUAUCACUUUGAAUGAGCAAAAAUGCUACGAGUCUUUAAAAAAGUCCUGAACUAAAGGAAUAUAGAUCUUAGUUUAUUGUAUAUCAGGUUUAAGAUUCCCAGGAGCCCUGCUCUUUUGGCACUUUGAAUUAGUAACACUAUCAUGAUAAUGUUUUGUCAUGGUGACUUUACUUAUUAUAAUAUUGUUCUGUGAUUGUUGCGGUUAUUUUUAAUAUUUUUUUGCUCUUUGUGAGUUUUACAAAAUGUUGACACAUCCUGAGGCAACGAUGCAGAAUGUAAUAUUUGUGUCAUGUGACUUUUCUACAAGGUGUCUUUAAAUGGUUGUUUUAAACCUUUUGUGCAUUUAUGAUUUACAAACUCUUUUGUAUUGUAUAGCUAUGAAGUGUGAUGGCACAGUAUUAGCUUCAUGUAUGCUAUAUUCUAUUUCAGUAUGUAAUGUGUGUGUGUGUGUGUGUGUGUGUGGAGAUGAAAACUCUAUAACGACUUGUUAACUGAUAAGUUGUACCUGUCUUACUCUCUUUUUGCAUGACCAAAUAUAGAGGUGGAGUGAAAAGAUUAUAUUUCUAGUACAAAAAGAUCUAUUUUGAUGUAUACAGAAAUUAACUCUGGAUGUUAAGCAGCCAUAUUUUUGGUGGAUGGUGAACAGGCAAAACAAAACCAUAUGAUGAAAGCUAGCUUCAUGCUAAUAGACAUAUUUCUAGUCUACAUAUGAAUUUAUGCCCAGGUCUGUAAUUCAGUAUCGUGCCAGUCUUUAAAUACCUUUUUGGAGAUCCAAUGUUAAUUUAUAUUGAACAUGUCUCUCAACAUGGUGUACGACAAAGAUCGAUCUAUAUAAUAAAAUGUUUUAUUUCAGUAAA